GUGCUGCUCACGGUGCAGCCGGAGUACUCCAUCACUGGGAGUACAGGAUAUGCUCUCGAAGCACUAGGUCUCAGCCUCUUUCUAGAGAACAACAAAACGGAGCAACUCGCAAAAAACUAAAAACUAAAACAGAGCAAAAGGAAGCGGUUGACCACCACAAUGAGCGGGCGGCUGCUCCUGCUCCUCCGCCUGAUCCUCUGCAUCGUACUUACCACAAGGCAGCUCGCUCUCGCCGGCGCAGCCUCCAGUUCCAAGGUGGUGACCAGCCUCCCGGGGUUCCAGGCCCCCCUCCCCUUCCACCUCGAGACCGGGUACGUGGAGGUGGACGAGGACAACGGCACCGAGCUGUUCUACUACUUCGUCGAGUCCGAGGCCGGCGGCGAGAAUGCCCCUUUCCUCCUCUGGCUCACCGGCGGCGACCACUGCUCCGUACUCAGCGGCCUCGCGUUCGAGAUCGGUCCAUUCAAGUUCGUCGUAGAGCCUUACAAUGGCACCAUACCGAGCCUGGAAAUCAAUCCCAACUCAUGGACCAAGGUGGCGCAUAUCCUCUUCGUUGAUUCGCCGGCCGGGGCAGGAUUUUCCUUUUCCAAACAACCCAAAGGCUACCAUGUUGGGGAAGUAUCUACCUCACUGCAGCUACAUGAUUUCCUCAUCAAGUGGAUUAGGGACCAUCCCAAGUUUUUAUCAAGUCCUCUCUACAUCGGGGGAGACUCGUAUGCUGGAAAAAUUGUACCAUUCAUCGCACAAAAGAUUUCCCAAGGUAAUGAAGUUGGAAGGAGACCCCUUCUUAAUCUCAAGGGCUAUCUAUUAGGUAACCCGGCAACAGGUGAAAGGAUCGACGAAAGCUCCAAAGUGCCUUUUGCUCACGGAUUUGGUAUAAUAUCAGAUCAAUUAUAUGAGACAAUAUUGGGUCAUUGUCAAGGGCAAGACUACAAGAAUCCUACAAACGUGCUGUGUGCUAAAGCUCUGGGUACUUUCCAUAGUCUCCUCUCCGAAGUUAUGUUGCCCCAUAUUUUGUGGGACAAAUGCGUUUAUUCAUCUGCUGGACCGCACGCGGAGACGGACGACUCGGCUGGUGCUGGCAGGAAGAUCUUAAGCGAGGAAGCAGCUGGAAUCAAAAUGGGGAAACGGCUGAAACAUCCGCCAGUUCGUCCUCCGCUUGACUGUAUUAACUACGCCCACUACCUGUCGUAUUUCUGGGCGAACGACGAGCGCACCCGGGACGCCCUCGGCGUCAAGGAGGGCACCGUGGACGAGUGGGUGAGGUGCCAAGAUGGCGGUGUCCCCUACACCAGGGACAUCGUGAGUACCAUCAAGUAUCACCGGAACGUCACGGCCAACGGCUACCGUGCGCUUGUAUACAGGUCCUCACAUUUUUGCCCUGUUACUACUGCAUACAGCUUAAAGAUGGAGUGUCAUUCUGAUAGGAUUUUGUUUGGUGUCCAUGGCAGCGGCGACCACGAUUCGGUGGUGCCACACCUGGGGACGCAGGCGUGGGUGAGAUCGCUCGGCUUCCCGAUCGUUGACGAGUGGAGGGCGUGGCAUCUCCAUGGCCAGUCUGCCGGAUUCACCGUAAGUUACACCAACAACAUGACAUUCGCGACCGUAAAGGGAGCCGGUCACACGGCCCCUGAGUAUGAGCCUGAGAAGUGCUUCGCCAUGUUCAGCCGUUGGAUCCUGAAUCAACCACUCUAAUCUAUUGUAUUUUGUAUUGUGAAAAGGAAAACCAUGUACAUGUAGAACCUUGUGCAUGUAGUUCCCCUUGAACAAACAUGCACAUCCAGGAUGUGUUGAUGAAAUAUGUGAGUUUGUGACUUUGCGUUCGACUCUCUCGCUAGUGUGCGGGUUGAAUAUCUGAUUCUUUUUGUGAGAAGCUGGUUUCUUGAGGUUUUGGCAAGAGACAUACGGUCCAGUCAUGUAUAUGGUAAUGUUCAGUCGUUUGAUAAAGCAUGCAGCUGCCAUUUUGCACCGUA